CGGAGACUUGAACCUGACGGCACCGGAGGUCGGGUCAAGGUCAACAGCAGGAACAGCUGCCCAGCACAUAAACGACCGUAAAAAUGUUCUCCCAGCAGCAGCACCAGCCAUUAGCGGUACAACCUCGUCACGGCAACUACUACCGAAGCAGCCCGUCGGCGGAGCCGCGGCGUUUCUGGAAACGUGGCGCGACAAUUUUCCAGCGAAAGAUGGACAGGCGUCCGUGCAACUGGGAAUCGGGUCCUCGAUUGGAAGCACUGCUGGGCCGCGUGCUGACGAUCUGCAACAACGCUCAACAUCGGGCCGGAAAAAUGCGCGCACGGGUAUUAACCGAGGCGGCGCGGAAGCAGAAGCUUCUUCAUCAGCCGCUGGCGGGAUGAUGUUUCCCGUUGUCGGGACCUCUCGGGCAACGUCUUCGUCGAACGUUCUGUUUCCGGAAGAAGUGGUGGAUGAACCACAAAUAUUGCAAGUGGGUGGACUGACUGGUGGGGUCUCCGGCGCUUCCAAUCGCAAUUAUCCCUCUGCAUCGGUACAACCAGCAGGUCAGCCACCGCAGCUGCAAAUAAAUGGACCUGCGAUGCAACAGCAGCAGCAGCAGCAGCAGAACCCCUCCUCAAUCUCGUCCUCCA